AUGUCCAAGCUAGAGAGAGAGAGAGAUAGAGAGAGAGAGAGAGAGCGCAAACAUCAACUAUGAUGAUGCACGGCGAAACCACUCGUUCAAAUCCGACAGUCCUAGUCCCGCCGUGGGACCUCCUCCUAGACGAUCCCACGGCCAACCCGGCUUCACCAUUCCCACUCACCACGGUCUCCGUCACCAGUCCCACCGGUGACACUACAAUCGACGCCCUGACGGCGCUCCACCAUUACCUUCCGUCGAACACUUCGGAUUUCGAGAUUGACGACGACUGUGACGCUCCCGUGGACGCCUUCUCUUGCGAUCAUUUCCGGAUGUACGAGUUCAAGGUGAGGAAGUGCGUGCGUGGGAGGACACAUGACUGGACUGAGUGUCCGUACGCCCAUCCCGGCGAGAAGGCCCGUCGCCGUGACCCACGCAGGUACCAUUACUCCGGUACGCCGUGCCCGGAAUUCCGUAAAGGCUGCUGCAAAAAGAGCGAGUCGUGCGAGUUCGCUCACGGCGUAUUCGAGUGUUGGCUACACCCCUCUCGCUACCGUACGCAGCCCUGCAAGGACGGUACGCACUGCCGCCGCCCUAUCUGCUUCUUCGCGCACACCCCCGACCAGCUCCGUGUCUUGCCCCACACCGCCGAGUCCUACGACAGGUCUCCUAGUCGACUCGGUCACGACUCUUACACGGCCAGCGGCUCAUUCGGGUCCUCCCCGACUUCCACUUUGUACUCCCCGCCUUUGUCGCCGCCAUCUGACUCGCCACCCAUGUCGCCACUCGGUGCUAACUCGGUGAGUGAACUCGCUUUUUCGAUGAGGAAUCUGCAUAUUGGGAAUUUCGGAGCGAGUUUGAGUCCCCAUGCGUGGGGUGUCCAAAUGGGUUCCGGGUUUUGCUCGCCCCGAAGUCCGAUAUCUUUGCGACCCGGGUUUUUUAGCCUACCUUCGACGCCGACUCGGAUUCUGACUCGGUCGGGUCUCAGUCCGUUCGACCUCUGGGAUAAGACCCCGGGAGAGGAGGAGCCUGUAUUGGAGAGGGUGGAGUCUGGUAGAGGCCUACGUGCGAGGAUGUACGCCAAACUGAGCAAGGAAAAUUCCCUCGACCGAGUCGACUCGGAAGCCCCGGGUCCGGAUGUCGGAUGGGUUUCGGAACUGGUGAUGUGACCGAUUUGUGGUGGAUCCUGUUGGUUCAUUGUUUUGGGUAAAUGGGUCCUGAUGGCCAUGGGUGGGCUCUUUUGAUUUGCUAAUGGUGACUUGUGAUUACUAUUAAGCAGAGAUUAAUUGCACAUUAAGCUAUGUAAAUACCUGAUGGGAUGGAAGAGAUUAGGCAUUAAUCUCUGUUUUGUGGUGGUUUCUAUUUGUUUUAGGGGAAAAAAUUGUUGCAACUUGUAUGUAAACGGCUGUGUUUUGUUGGUUUUACUAUUAAGUAUUUGUGUAAAUAUUCUUGUGGAUUUUCUCCAGAAAGUGAUGUUCAUUUGCGGCA